GUACCCCUCCAUGCCGCACUUAGGUAUAGUGCUUUUGGUAAUCUGCUCCCCUGGACCCCCGGGGCUUUGCAUGCAUGCGCGUCGCGCGCUGGGAGGGGAUACGGGUGUUUAGCCCCGCGGAGUGGUGGGUGGUUUAAAUGGUUGCGCGCGCUCACUUUUUGGACUUAUUUGGUCUUAACUACCUUGUUCGUUGUGUUUGUUUGUUUGUUUGUUUGUCGUGGAAAGGGCCUGUUGAGGCAUACGAAAUUUUCCGAUAUUUGGUCGCGAGGCGCAACACUUCCCAGCCACGGGGGCUUGACGGCAAGAGCAGAGUAAUAUACAGCAAGACUCGGAUUGUGUGGUUCCAACGAUGGCAGAGGACAAAGAAGCCGCGGCAAUUGCGGCGGCGCCAGCGUUGGACAAGAGCUCGUCCGAAGACGAGCGGGACGCGGAUGCGCUGCGCUUGAAGCAGAUGGGCCACGAGCAGGAGCUUAAACGGCAUUUCGACGUCUUUAGCUUGAUCGGCUUGGCCUCGACGACGACGAUCUCGUGGACGGGCUUGGGUCUGGGCCUUAUUACCGAAAUCGAUGCUGGUGGCCCCGGCGCGGUUAUUUAUGGCUUUAUUCUUGUGGCUGUUUUGCAGUCGUUUUUGGGAGCUUCCUUGGCUGAGCUUGUCUCGGCUUUUCCUGUGUCAGGUGGCAUGUACCAUUGGGUUGCUGCUAUUGCUCCCCGAAAAUAUGCUGGCUUUUUGUCGUUCGUCACGGGUUGGUGGAGUGUGGCUGGUUGGAUCUUCACUACGGCGUCCACCAAUCUGGUGUAUGCCCAGAACUUCAUGGCGCUCAUUGCGCUGUACCAUGACGAUUUGGUUAUCAAGACGUGGAUGACAUUCGUCGUCUAUCAAGCCUUCAAUCUGGUAACAGCCGGCAUCGUCAUGUUUGGCAACAAACUCAUUCCGGCCAUGAACCGCUUCUCUCUAUUCUACCUCCAAAUCGCCUGGUUCGUUCUCCUCGUCACCGUCGCCGCCACAGCACCCACACACAACGACGCAACCUUCGUCUUCAAGACGUGGGUCAACAACACCGGCUGGCAAAACAACGCCAUCUGCUUCAUAACCGGGCUCGUCAACCCGCUAUACUCCCUCGGCGGGCUAGACGGGAUAACGCACAUCACAGAAGAAAUGCCCAACCCAUCACGCAACGCGCCGCUCGCGCUCCUCUGCACCCUCACCAUCGCCUUCAUCACCGGCCUCAGCUACCUCAUCGCGCUCAUGUUCUCCGUCCAAGACUACUCCGCCCUAAGCACGACGCCCACGGGCCUCCCCCUCGCCGAGCUCUUCCACCAAGCAACCCAGACCCGCGGCGGCGCCUUCGCCCUCGUCUUCCUCCUCUGGAUCGCCCUCGGCCCCUGCGUCAUCGGCUCGCAACUGAGCACGGGGCGCGUGGUAUGGGCCUUCGCGCGCGACGCCGGCCUGCCCUUCUCCGCGCAUCUCAGCGCCGUCUCCCCCCGCUUCGGCGUCCCGCUCGCCGCGCAAUCGGCCGUCACAGCCGCCUGCGCCGCCCUCGGCUGCCUCUACCUUGGCUCCAGCACCGCGUUCAACGCGCUGCUCGGCUCCGUCGUCACGAUCAAUAACGCCGCGUACUUGAUCCCGCUGCUCACGCACGCCCUGCAGCGCCGCCGUGUCAUGCCGCCCGGGAAAUUCCAUAUGGGGGGCUGGGUGGGCGGCGUGGUGAAUGCGGUUGCGGUCGUGUGGCUCCUUUUUGCUAUUGUCUUUUUUGCGUUUCCCUAUUAUCAGCCUGUUACUGCCGCGAAUAUGAACUAUACGUGUGUGUGCGUGGGCGGGAUCGGAUUUGUGGCGUUGGCGUGGUGGGCUGUGGCUGGGGAGCGGUAUCAGCGCGAGAUGGAGAAGGCGAAGGAGGAUGGGGUGGGUGCGGCGAGGGCGGGGUGUGUGCCGGUGGUGGAGGGGGCGGGGGAAGUGAAGCGGUGAGGUUGUUUGCUUUCGAAAAUGGUAAUGUGUUAGUUGCGUUGAGAAAGCCUUGUUCGUACUGUUGUGCUGUGGAAAAAGCCCAUUAAGCACUGUGCGAUCGCUGUGCUAACUAAAUAUGCGCUAUGUAUAAUGGGGACUCCGGUACCUAAUCAUCGAACUCGCC